AUGUUUGUGAAACCUGUUGAACAUGAGUCUGUUUUCACAGGUGCUUUGGUUGCUUCUUUUAACGAUCCAGCCCUAUUCAUUGAUGCACCAGAGCAGAUGGAAGCACUGAGUGGAUCUUGUCUGCAGAUCCCAUGUACCUUUAGAGUUAAACCAGGAGAGGGAUUCAACAACACAAGACCAACCUUCGGAGUGUGGAUGAAAAGAAGAAUCAGCAAUGCAAUUUUCAACAGCAGCAAGAAUAAUAACAUCUACCCAAUGAGUCUGACUGGAGACCUGAGUAAGAAAAACUGCACUACUUUAUUUUCCAGUUUAAUCACUACUUACACAGACACAUACUACUUCAGAGUCGAGAACUGGCCAUUCAGGGCAACAGCUUUGCAUGACCCUCUUCAGAUAACAGUUAACAAUUCUGCUCCGAGGCCCAGGAUUGAGAUCUCAGGUGAUGUGAAUGAUCUGAAGGAGAAGCAGUCUGUCACUAUAACCUGCUCAGCUUUCACUCCCUGUCCACACUCCCCUCCUAAACUCACCUGGACUCUCCAACAAGACCCUCACAACAUCAUAGAGCAAGACACAGAUCGAACCUUUACAACUAAAAUCCAGGAGACCAUCACUCUGUCAGACACACAUGAUGGACUCACCAUCAGCUGUUCUGCAGGAUAUCCUGUGAAUGAAGGAAAAGAUGUGAAGACAGCAGCAGCAGAAAAAAAUCACUCUCAGUACUCUCUCAGGGACACUUCAGUGGUCAUCAGUCCCACUGAUCCAGUGUCAGUGGGCAGCGUGGUGAAUCUGACCUGCUCCUGCAGAGGAAACCCUCCUGUUGUUAACUUUGUCUGGUUCAUGAUCAGUGAUGACAGACUGGAAAUGAUCCAAGCUGAUACUCAGGUUUAUGGCUUUAUAGUGGCCGACAGUGAUCGAGGCAGACUGUAUUAUUGUGGCUGCAGAAAUGAUCCGGACUUCCAACUUUCAACUGGAUGUCAGCUGACAUUUGAAGGGGAUCAACAGUCUGGAGCUGUUGGUGUUCAGGUUAUAGUGAAGACUCUGGGAAUCAUGAUGCUCCUCACUACUUUGAUCAUCUUUGAGUGGACACAGCAGAAGCAGUCUAUGUCAACACUGUGUUUGACUUACAACCAUCAUGAGCCAGAAGCAGAGGAGGAAGAUGUCCUUUUCCCUUUCAAUGCUUCUGAGAUCAGCACCAUGUCUGGCCUUAGUGUUGUUGUGGCAAUAGUCUCUGGGAAGUUCAGGUGA